CUGAAGUUGCUCAGUUGUUUUCAGUCGUGUCGAAGGUUGUCAACUUGGCCGUAGGCUAUAAGAAAGCAUGAGACCCUGAGGAGACUUCAAAACAGAGGUUCAGAUGAAUCGGUGGCGGAGAUCAGUGGAUGAGAUUCAGGCCAGGAAACGGCAGGUCACAGAGUGUGAGCGUGCCCUGGAAGCCCUGUGCAAGGUGACUGCCUGUUUCCAACAGAUGGCCAUCUCUAUCGGAAGUAACUCAGAUGGCAGCUUUCUGAGAGAGGAGAUGGACGAGACCAGAGCACUGGCUCAUAGAAUCUGCACAGGGUUGCACAGACGCCUGGUCCCUCUAUUGACAGAGAGGUCAACUGAACCUGGACAAGAGGAUCGAUUACAGGUGCAGAGACUGUGGGUUCUUUUCCUCACUGGGCUAGAGAACCUCCAACAGGACUUGCACAAAGCCAGUGACUUAAUAGACCGCUUCCCUUUGAAACAGAGAAAUGACCGCCGGACCCUGGUGAACACAGGAGCUACAGAUGGGGUCACUGGGGUGUCUGCCCGAGCAGCUUCAGUCCAAACCCCGUGGCUAGCAGUAGAGGUGGAGCAAAACCCUGACCUAAAGACGCACAUCACCCAGAUUGACGUCCUGGUCAAGGAGAUGCUCCAGAAAGUCAGCAUUCCUUUCUGGGCAGUGGAGGCUACCCAAGAGGCCUGGGUGGAAGCCACUCAGUCUCAGGACGCUGCACACGAUCAAGAUGAGACUCUAGAAGAGAUGAUGGUGGUGUCCCAAGAUGACCAGAUGUCUGGGUGUUGUCAACCUCUAAACUGUAAGUUAUGGUGUAUGUUUUGUCUAUCGACCUGAAGACUGGGGUGUACUCAAACUGUUAAUGGUCAGUAAAACUUUGAAUAAAGCCUCAUUCAUACUGUACAUACACUGUGCAAUAACUACAAGUAGCUGUGUAAAAACUAAAAUGUGUUGUCCUGCAAUUUUAAAACGACAGUACAAAGGACCAGCAUUUUGCAUAGCGUCGUGUUGCGUACACAUAGCAUAAAUUAGGUUUUUACAUGCACAAGUCAUUUCUAUUUACUAAUGAAAAUUAUGAACGUUAAACAUCUUUAGAUGCAGUCAAAGAACUAACACAUGCUGUAAGGUAUGAUCAACUAUAAAGAUCUCCUUGAUAAAAGGAUAGAUUUGUAUGUUAAAGACCUUGUAUAGCAAUAACCUAGGUUAUCGAUUCAUUUUGUAAUAUGCUGACUACACCAGGUGGGUACAUCCAGCCACACAAGUAGGUUGAAAUAGCAAAAUAGUCAGUCUAAACAGUCACGGACAUUUAGCUCGCUAAAUGGUCCUGGGAUAUAAAAAUUGCGUUAUUUUUAUCUCCUUCAUAUGCCAUUUGGCAACCAACCUUAAGGUGCAUUACCAUCACCAACUGGACUUGAGAGUGUGGACCUAAAUUCAGCUUUCAAUCACCCACGUGGGUAAAUACUCCCAAAAACCAAUGACAAGAUGGUCUUGUGACACAAAUAGAAGUUGUAUUUUAGCGCCUGGCUACAGAGACACACGCGAGCAGUUUGGGUAAAAUUAUUGAACAUGUAUUUUGUAACAGGGCCGGUGUGGUCAGCAUGUUAGAAUGAACGUUGUAUUGAUUGCUUGAAAAUGUAUUAUGCAAACUAAAUAAAGUCAAAUGUUGAUUG